AUGUGGUGUUGGCUACGUCGAUGGUUUCGACGCGAUGAAACGCCAAAGUAUGAAGGAAGGGUGUAUCUAGUAACCAACUAUUCUGAAUAUCGCGGCACUGUCUACGAGCCCUUUUACGUACCUAUCGAUGACACCUUUAUGAGCAAGCAAUUGAGACGAUUGAAAGAGUAUUUUUUAAGUAUUUUUACAAGAUCAGACGAAGAAUCGAAAUUGUCGGAUGAAGCGGCGGCGGAUGAAGCUAAAAGGUUGGCCUUUCUAAGAGGUUCGAGACGUUCAAACUUCAUAAAGACAACGAAAUACUCAUUGUUAUCCUUUUUACCAAGGGUACUAUUCUUCCAAAUCACAAGGGUGGGAAACUUAAUCUUUUUAGGAGUGUCAAUGCUACAACUCAUCGAGGAUGUAUCAGACUCUAAUGGGCUUCCAACAUACCUAAUACCAGUGGUAUUCGUUAUCAUGGUAGGUCUGGGCAGAGAAUUAGCAUCAGAUUUGGCACGUUGGAGAAACGAUGAAAAAGAAAAUGGACGAUUAGUACAUGUUUUUAGAGAUGGACACCUUGUAAAAAUGAAACAACGUGACAUACGUGUGGGUGAUGUUGUUAAAGUGCAUGCCUACGAAUACUUUCCAUCGGACCUAGUGUUACUAAACUGUUGCGACAAGAAUGGAGUUUGUAAUAUCGAAACGAAAAAUGCUGAUGGUGAGUCAAAUGUCAAGUAUAAACACGUGAUACCCGAACUCGCUGCACUUUUCAAAAAUGACGAGGAUGCAGCCAAAACACAAAUAAAAAUUGUUUGUGAACCUUCAACAGACAAUCUCAGCUCGUUCUCGGGAGUAGCUUAUUACAGCUAUGAUGAUCUGGAACACUUGCAAUCUCAGAGGGUUAGUCGUUUGCAACGUCUGUCAUCAGUAAGAGGGGGUGAAUUGCGCUCAUCAUUAUCUGGUGUGGAUGCGACCAUAAACAAAGUCAAUCUGCAGUAUGAUCAACUGCUGCUGCGUGGAACAUCAAUGGUCAAUACGGAGUGGGCGUACUGUGUUGCAGUAUACGUUGGUAACGAGACCCGUCUACUCAAAGGGUCGAUUGGAUACUCCAAACGAAAGAGCUCGAUGCUAGAAGCUAUAUAUCAAGCCGAUUUAUCUAUGGUGUUGAUGCUACUCGUAGCAUGUGUUUUCGUUUCGGCGCUGCUAAGCGUAUACUGGCUAUUGACCACAUCCAGCCGACAUGGGUACUUACACGUAUUGAUUAAGGAGUCCGGAUGGAGAACCUUUUUCGUGACAUUGGGCAGCAUGCUCUUGCUACUUGCAGCGAUGAUACCUGUGGACUUGAUUAUUCUAUGGGAAAUUGUACGUAUGGCAGAAUCGAAACAGAUCAACUGGAACCCAACUAUGGUAUCAGACGGUAAACACGCAGUCUCACGCAGUGAUCAGUUGAUAGAAGAUAUGGCGCAUAUUACCCAUAUUUAUACUGACAAAACCGGUACUUUGACGCAAAAUGUCAUGACACUGAAAGCUUUGGGGUUCGGGGAAUUAGGUGAUAUCAAGUACUCCAACUGGGCUGAACAUUUUUGGAAUAUGUACAGUUCCAGCGACCCAGGUUUACGUGAAACGCUAAGAGAAUUUGUACUGGUAGCUAGCCUCUGCCACAGUGUAGUGAUACGUAAAAAUACAGAAACUGUUGAGAGAAGAGAAGAUCGUGUACUGAAGACAGUUAACGGAGUCCCACGCGUGCUCGCGGUAGAAUUCGUACCUAUACAAUACGAUGCUGCAUCGCCAGAUGAACUGGCGCUGGUGUCUGGCGUCGCUAAAUUGGGAUGCGUCUUUUCUAACCGCCGUACAAUAACGGAAAUAGACCUCUACCUAGUCACACCUGAAGCACAAAAAAACAUAUUGACGCCUGAAGACUAUUCCCUGUGGGAGGAGGCGCGUGAAGAAGGUUUAGUACCAGCUUUGCGUUUCGUAAUUCGUGAGGCAAUUGGAUUUGACUCAAGCCGAAAAUGUAUGAGUGUUGUGAUAGAGGAUUCCUGUGGCCAAUUGCUUACUCUCUGCAAGGGAGCAGAUUCUGCAUUGUUUCGUAUCUUAAGAGAUGAACAAAUCAUGAAAAAAGAUGUGAUAACAGAGCAGUUGCAUAAAUUCGCUACAGUUGGUCUUCGUACAUUGGUGUUUGCUGUGAGGAGUCUGAAUGUUGAAGAGUAUGAAUCGUGGCACACUGCAUACAACGAGGCAUUGAUUCUAGGAGAAGGCCGUGAUGAAGCGGUAUCUGAAAUAGUGAAGGAGUUAGAAUGCGACAUGAAACUUGUUGGAUGUUCUGGUAUUGAGGAUUUGCUACAGGAAGAGGUUGGUGAUGUAAUACGUGACUUGAAGGAGGCUGGAAUCGUUAUAUGGGUAUUAACUGGAGAUAAAUUGGAAACAGCACUGAGUAUAGGCCGAUCCACCAACAUGUUAAACGACAAUACCUGUAACGCGAUACUUAGUGAUCCCGACCCAGCCGUGGUAUCACGUGACCUUGAUAGCCAUUUGCUGAAUUGUCUGGGGGCAUCAAAGCGACGUAGUACAUAUUCAGAUCUAGGUAUACAUAGGGAUGCUAACACAUCAGUUCUUGCAGCCCCAAGCGCAUCACCUCAGAAAUCUGACUCAGUAGAGUCUGCUCCAGAAUAUGCUAAAUUUUCCGUUACCAUAACUGGUGAUGUUUUGCAAACUAUAUACAAAAGCGAUGUACUCAAACAACGCUUCUUCCGCCUUGCCCAGUAUGCUAGUGUGGUAAUAGCUUGCCGAGUGACCCAUAAGCAGAAGUUUCUACUCACCCGGGACAAUACUAAGUUCAAUGCACAUAGUACCUCGCUAGCGAUUGGUGAUGGAGCCAAUGACGUGGAUAUGAUCCUUGCAGCUAAUGUUGGUGUUGGUAUCGAUGGUAGAGAGGGGCACCAAGCAUGUCAAUCGGCUGAUUUUACCAUUGGGGAGUUCCGAUUUCUACGUCAACUGCUAUUUGUACACGGUCGUGAAGCAUUUCGAAAGAAUUCAUUUUUACUUUAUUUUUGUAUAUUCCGAAACUUCAGCUAUAGUUUCGUUAACGUCAUAUAUAAUUUUUAUACUGGAUUCAGUGGAGUCAGCGUCUUCAACACGUGGAGCAAGCAAAUUACCAAUUUAUGUUUUACAUCAAUACCUUUGAUGUUUUACGUAAUUUUGGAUCGUUCUGUGCCACAUUCGCUGCUUACUCGCUAUCCCGUAUUGUACCAUACAUGGAAUUCGAAACCGGUUAACAAUAUAUUACGAGGCUUAAUUCGACCUUUUCGAUCCUACCGGUUUUGUGAGCGUAUACACACUCGUUUGGUUGAAGGUCGAGGUGUAUAUGAUCCAUUAAAUUUUUGGGGUUUUAUACUUGCGGCACUAUGGUUAUCAAUAUUCGAGACCUUAAUAAUUUUGAAGCUUACCGAUGCGACUGUGUUCAGUUAUGUUGAUGGUACACCACAGAACUUCGGAUUUAACCUGUUUUCUCAAACAAUGUACGUCCAUCACAUCCUUGCGGUGAAUGCAAUAGUGUGUCUCAUUACAAAGAGUUGGUUUUGGCCGAAUCAUUUCUUUUUAUGGGCAGAAACAUUUACUCUAUUGCUGUUUUGGGUUAUUGUGAGUUUGGUUCCAGCAUUCGCCUUCAUUCCCGAAGCACACGUAUUUUAUGGAACAUUCGAGACGUUACAUUCAUCUGUCAUAUAUUAUGCUGUAAUUCUAUUGGCUCUGGUGGUUUCCUUGUUUCCAUUUUGGGGCUACCUAUUCUAUAGUGUGGUUUUCAACCCUUCAUUGGAAGACCGGAUAGCUCUAGAGUUGAAACAAGGAACAUUUAAGGGUAUUUUCCCAUCUAGUGAUGAGUCUGUUGCUUAUGUAGCAACGGAGAUAGUCCCAACUCGUGGUACGCAGUCUGGAUUCGCAUUUGCGAUCGAGCAGCGUGAUGCAUUGAUGGUAAUUAUUCAGCGCACUAUCCACAAGAUGUUCAAAAACUGA